AUGGCUGGCAAAAAACUCAGCUCGAAAUCCACUAAGCCUAAGAAGCAGCCCAUAUCGCGCUCCACAAGAGCCGAAUUACAGUUCCCCGUUAGCCGUGUGGACCGCUUUCUUCGACAGGGUGAUUACGCCCAGAGGCUGAGCUCAUCUACCCCCGUGUUCCUGGCUGCCAUUCUGGAGUAUCUGACCGCUAACAUCCUGGAGCUGGCUGGCAAUGAGGCCCACAGCCAGGGCAGAAGGCGCAUCACUCCGGAACACGUGGAGACCGUGGUUGAGAACAACCAACAUCUCCAUCACUUAUUUCAAGAGGAUGCCAAAUCUUCAGAUGGUGAGGUUCCCGAACCCGAGAAGAAGCAAUGA